AUGAUUAACUCAUACCUCCCACAGCAUACAAAUCCGCUCAAAGAAGGCAGAUCUCACCCGCCAUUUACAAGGUUCAAAGGCAAAGUACGACGGAAAUGCUCGGCUUUGCGGACAAUCCACCUCAUUUUUGCAGCAGCAGGCUGGUUGAUAAUAUCAUACUUUUUCUUCUGGACUGGUUCUCCAAUUUCGGAUGCAAUGAGUACGCAGACGACUUUUGGCAUGGCCAAGGACACACUCCGGCGGAUUCAGCCCGCUAUUGCAAGAUCUGCAGAGAUACGGUGGCAGGGUUCAACAUCGCAAAAUAAGUUUGAAGAAGAAUUCAUUGCGACGUCUCUAGUGGAACCGCAUGCCAAUGUCAAGUCUACAGCAAUGAAUGACCAAGAUUCACAGCAAUCUGUCCCGAAGACCUCCAAAUAUUCCAACAAGAAUAUGGAGUCGAGGCAUACGUUCCCGAAUGACUUCGAUACCGCCCUCGACUACCUCUUCUCUAUAAUUCCCAACGAAAUGUACCUCCGAGAGCUUCUGCGGCCCGUGAUAGGCACGGGUGCGGAGAAACUGCGUGAACUCGGUCUACGCACGCGCGCAUACAAACAAUUCUUCGAAGCCUGGGAGAAACUCCACCUCGUCACUGAAGACAGUGAUAAUAUAUACGUUCGGGAGGAUCUCGUCCCCUUCAUCCGUGCCAAAUUCAGCGAGCAAACCUUCCCUGAGACGCUCCACAAAUAUGACUCCUAUCGUCACUUCCUUGCCAAACUCUCUGCGCUGUUGUUUCCGUGGACGAGCCCAUACUUCGGAGAUCAUAUGAGCCUGCACGCAUCCUCGUACCAUGGAGGUCGUGGCAUCGUGUUUACGGCGGGCGAAAACCACGCGCCCUUCCUCCUCGCAGCCAUCCCCUCCCUCCGCACCCUUGGUUGCGAGCUGCCCAUCGAAAUCAUGUAUCUCGGCGAUAGAGACUUGGGCGAAGACUUCCGAGCAGAGCUCGAGGCUCUACCGGGUGUGACAACGCGUGACCUCUCCGCCAUGGUUAGCGAUGAAGGCUGGUGGCUCACCGGAUGGGCGGGUAAACCGUUCUCUAUCCUCUUCUCGUCUUUCCGCGAGGUCAUCUUAAUCGACGCCGACGCACUGUUCUUCGUAAAUCCCGAAACGCUCUUUAAUGACGAGGACUACGUGCGCACGGGCGCACUGUUUUUUAAAGAUAGGAUGAUCAUGCCCGAGAGCAAGAAAAAGUGGCUACAGCAGAUCUUGCCAAAGCCGAUUUCGAAACUGGUGCGGCAGAGCAGGAUGUGGACGGGGGAGAGCGGGCACAUGCAAGAGUCUGGUGUUGUAGUUGUGGAUAAGUGGAGACACUUUGUUGCCUUGUUACUGGUAAGUAGAAUGAAUGGGCCUGAUAGAUAUGGGGACAAGAGAGCGGGGAUUGUCGGGACUUAUGAUAUGGUCUAUGGAGACAAAGAAACCUUCUGGAUCGGCUGGGAGCUCGCUGGUGACACCUCCUAUGCUUUCCACCCCGGCGCAACUGGCAUAAUGGGCGUAGUUCGAGACCUCGACAAUUUCAAUACGACCAACGACCUACCGGCCUCGAAUCUCAACCAGGGCUUUACAGCUAGCGCCACGAAAAGAGACCGCAAAAUGGCACCGGGCCAUGAAUCCGACCUCACCAUCUGCGCCCCACAACUCCUCCAUCUGGACCGCAACAAGCGCCCUUUGUGGUUCAAUGGGUGGCUAUAUAAUAACAAGUAUGCGGGAACCAAACGAACAAUCGGAGAGUUCGACGUGUUUAUGGAGGAGCCGAAGGACUUUUUGGAUCCAGGGGCGUGGCAGUUAGAGGCAAACAAUAUGUGUUGCUUGUCAAAUACGGCGACACAAGAGUUUACGAAGGAGGAGACGAAAUGGCUGGGGGAGUUGAUUAACAUGGCAAAGAUAAAGAUGAAAUGA